UGUACGCAUAAUCCAAUCAAUAUUUUCAUUCUUUUCGGACUACGCAUUGUUUUGCGAGUGAAAAUUCUCAUAAAGUGCAAUAAAACUUGGGAGAAACUGCAAUUUUGUGAUGUUGUGCCCAUGGAAAAGUGUCUGUGCACCUGGUGGUGAAGUGUUUUAGUGAAAUUUCAGGCUGGGUAGUUGGAAAAAAGGAAUUUUUAGUGGAGAACAAAAGGCAGGUGUGCUUCCGGGAAAACUCAUUGAUUUUUCCCUCACAUUCUGUGUCUUUUCCUGCUUCCUGAAGAUUUUUUUUUCGCGGUGAGACGGGAAAGAAGGACAUGCACAGUAACAUGAGCACAAAGGAAUGUGAGGUAGGAAGGGGUGGUGGUCCAGUUGAGGUAAUGGGAAAUUCCAGUGAGGGAAGGAUGCUGGAGUGUUUGACGGGAUUGGCACAGAAUCCGGAGAGAGUGAAAAAGAGUGAGUCCAAUACUGCUAUGACGAGCAGUGUGGCCAGCAUUCUGGAUGACACCACGCCCUUGAGUGACUCAGGGGUGCACCUCUUGGAUUCAGAAUCCAGUGAAUUGAAUGAAUCAAUCAUGUCAAGCAGUGGCUUUGACUUUGACGGAGCAUCUGCCGAAGGGAAAAUUUGCACUCAGGUUGUUUCAGAGGAUUUGGCUGGAGGGAAAAAGGAGGAGAGGGGAGUUCCGGGAAUGACAAGGAGUGACAUUGAAAAUUCAAAUGUGUUGGAACAUCAAGUAACUGAAGCUUCGGGGGAUGCUGUACAGAUUCCCGAUGAGAUGGUCUCUAGCACUUGUUCCACCUUUGAUACAGAUGCCAUUGUCUACCGACGAAGGGUGAAGAAGGGAAAAUCCGGUGGACAGAGUGCCCCGAAAAAACGGGUUUCCUUCCACGAGGAUAUUCUCAAGAAUACCAAAACGGACAAUAUUCACAUUGAGCACGGAUUUAUCACUUACAAAGGAUCAGCUGCAAAGAAAGCUCCCCAUGUCAGUCGAUAUUCCUGGUGUUCCGAAGGCGAUGGAGAUGACAAUGAGAACAAUCAGUAUGUCUAUCGGAAUGCCUGCUCGGAUGUUCUGGAUUACGGAAAGACAGAUAUCUAUGAGAAUCCAGCUGGAAAUUACAUCCCCUACGACAAUUCGGGAAUUUUCGAAUAUGGACCACAGUAUCGGGAGAGAAAUGACUUCUACAAAUGCCACUGUUCAGACUCCAAUUCCAGCCUCGAGUCCAAUGAGGAUGAUCGGAAUUCCAAUCAACGGAGAAAUUACCAGCAGGCUAAAUCGAGUUCCUGCGAUUGCAUCGGGGGCCAGAAUAACAAUGGACCCGUCAUCACGGAAAAUUGCUACUUUUCCGAACCCAGCAUGGACACCAUGAGAGACGGAGCCACCCAGGCAAAGUCCGUGUGGAACAAAGAACGAAAGCCCAAGAGUAGUUGCCUGAAGAAAACCACCAAACACACCGAUAUCAUCCAGGAGCAUGAUCUCAAUGGGAAAAUGAAGAAAUUCAAUGUCCAUCACAUCCCGGAAGUGAACAAUUUCAUUGAUAGCAAGACAAUUUUUGGCAGCCUGAAGAAUAUCUUUAGUAUUCCAUUGCCGGAACGGGGCGUGCCUGAGGGUUCGGAGGAUUUGCAGUCAGUCUGUGAGUGUAUUCCUGAGGGAGACAGUCGUCCAGAGUCACCAGUACGUCCACGGCCCUUCCUGUCCAAGAGCCUGGACCAGGGAUUGACUAAGAAAUCCCCAGGAAGCAAAAAAUACAUCCACAAUGUCGAUGAACAGCUCCGGAGGAAGAAUGAUGCUGACCUGUAUGCCCCGAGUGGUGCCGAGAGCCGAAAAAACAGCACAGAUCUCCUUUCCAGUGAAAUAUCUCAAAUCACAGAUACCAGUCAAUCCACUUACAGAAACAAAUUCAUCAUCAACUGCGAGAGCACAGUUUUUGAGCACACUGGAGUGUCCUACGAGGCUCAGGAUGGGGAUAAAGUCGUGCCAUUGGUGAAGGAUGCAGAACCUGAACCUACAUCCUUCCUCGCAGUCCCUUUCACCCGGAAGCUCAGCAGUAUUUUCAGAGGUUUCAAGGAGAGUCCACCAAAGGCAGACAGCACAAAGUCCCCGACAGAAGAAGCAAAAUUCACCCUCCUAGGAGCCACAGCUGAAGAGAAUACUCCCCACAAACCACCCCUCCCGGCUGAUGCUGGCAGACGUGGUGAAAAACCCAAAAAUCCAGGAAGAAAUCUCAUGGAAUCCAGCAUCACGUCAAAUUCCAGUGAUCGCAAUUCCACAAUAUCCGACAUCACAAGCCUCACGUCCAGCACCAUUCCAACGAGCGAUCGCCAAUUGGAUGGAUUUGCCAAGAUCUUCGGAGGAGCAGAUGUCUCCCCGCAGCAUUCAAGACACUUAGCAUCCCCAAUCCGGAAGAAAUCUCUAACAACAAAACCGCCAGAACGCGCAAGAAUGAGUCCAGAUCUCUUCAAUUCUGGUCGAGAUUCAAAAGCCACCAUUCUCUCCGAUGAAUUUGAUGAUAUCCUCACAAUAACCACAGAUACCAGUGAUAAGAAUGACAGUGAUAUGGUUAUUGUGGACUAUCCCGAUGUCACAAUUCCCGAUCGUCCCGAAUUGAGUGACUUUUUCAAGCCAGCCACAUCAAAAACCUCCCUAAUCAAUCGUUUUCUGCGUCAUGUCACGCAAAAGAAGAUUCUAGAUGCCACCAUCAAGAGGAAUCAGUUCUUCCUCUCCAAGAUGAGCAUCGAGAAGAAAGUCUGUGGAAAUUUGUAUGUAAAGGGAGUCAAACCACGCAAUCAGGAGCUCAUUGAAGAUCUCAAUGCUGAAAUUGCCCUGGAGAUUGAGAUGUCAGGGUAUCGUCAGGGACGCAGAGAAAAGUGCGAAUUAUCUAGCCUCCAUAUGGACAUUGGAGUUGGGGAGAUUUCUGUUGAAAUAUUCAAUGGGAAUUGCCUGCAUAUCCUGCGGAAUGAAUCUGAAAUCUUAAUGAAGGUCUUUAAACUCUACACUGGCUACAAUCGAGAUGGCCACAUGACACCGGUGCUUGUUUUCCUUACGGACAAGACACUCUAUGUAACGGAUUUGGUGCGGAAUCGAUUGUGCAAUAAAUUCGUGCUUCCCUACUCCGAGUUGGACGUUAUUCUGAUGGGACCUUAUGGGAACACGGUGUUGCUGUGCAAUGGUGCCAGGGAUAUGCAACAAGUUCUCCUGGCAGGAGGUCCAUAUCCUGCUGAUGGAUUGGUUUCAAGUUUAGAAAUCUGCGCUCGCAGAGGAGGAUCUAUUCUUCCUGCAGUUGGCCAACUUACGCUCGAUCACUUGGCUCCUUUGCAGGCUUUUGUGCGUGACAACUCAUCCAUUCCCAAAGGCGAUGCCUGGGAGUACUAUGCUGUUGUCAAUAUUCCAGCGGUGGGCUUGAGUUUGGAGAAGGAGCCUCUUGGUCCAUAUGUCAAGGGUCCAUUGAUGCACAGAAAUUUGGGGAUAAAUGGAGUGGCUCAGCCUUGGUAUGCCAGUUACUUUCUGUUGAAAGCCGGUGUGCUGUACAUGUUUUCAGAUGCUGCUCAGAAAAUUCCAUCCUGGGCCAUUGCUCUGACAGAGUGUCAGGGUGCCAGGAGAGCAAUCAAUACCACACGUCCUCACUGCUUUGAAUUGAUGCUGCGCACUGGAACUCUCCAGUUGGCAGCUCCUGAUGAGUAUGUGGCAUCGGAAUGGUUGCAGGCUCUUGUACAGUCAGCCAGUGGCUUGUUUGAGAUGCAAGAGAGACACUCAACUCUCGGAUGUACGUUGAUAAUGACGGCAAAUCAUUUGAUAACGUUACGAGAGGACUUUGCAGCUCCUUUGAGGAGAGUGAAUUCUGUGUGUCCUAAAUCACCGUCUAAGGAAAAUCUCGAUCCAAAUGGACGCAAUCCUUCACCUUAUGAGUCAUCCAGUGAAUUCAGCUCAACACUGAGUACUCCCACGAAAGGCGAUCGUAGAUCAAAUUCUACCUUGAGUACUCCAGUGAGGAAUACUGGAAAGGUUUCUGGGCAACUACUAAGUCCUCAACGUGGAGCUGCUGCUGAAGCAUCAGCUGAGAAGAGCUACACUAGCAUGAGUAGCUUCUAUGGGAAGAAUUCUGGCGUUGAGAUACUCACUUGUGCAGCAAUUGACGAAAUGGUAGCUCUCAAGAUUCCUUUGGCAGCCAACAAUUGGUGGUGUGUUUUGGAAUUUUCGUGUCAGGAAGUUCGAGAAAAUUCAGAUGAUUUGGUGGUUUUCUUUGCCACAAAUUCAGAGAUGAGGCGCUUCCUGGCAAUGUUGGAGAGAGUAUGGCAGGCCAAGAAGGAUGAACAGUUCCCAGUAACUCUGAUAUCCGAUGAAGAUCCGGUCGGUGAGCAUUGUACAAAGCUGUUUGCGGAAAUCAACAAGUCCUGGGAACCUUUACUUUCAGCUGCCCUUGGGUAUCCUCAGUAGAAAACUCUCUAGCUUUCUCUAGCACCUUUUUAAACCAACCACAUGAUAAUAUUUAUAUUUUUAGCCAAAUUUCGCUUUUGCGAUUUUAUUUUUAUUUUCUGUUUUAUUAGAGCCAUUUUAUGUGCAAAAAAACGUUGGUAUAAUAGUUUUUAAGUUGAAACCUUUACUGUGAUUGUGAUAUUUUUGCGCUAAUCUUUUUAUUUCAUUUGCCAUCGAGAGGAUCCCAUGUCCUCGAUGAUUUAUGUUCCUGCUUUCUGUGGCGCUCUUUGCACUUUUUACCAAAAAAAAGUGAACAUGAUUUAUAAAUUGUGGAAUUAAAGAAAAAAAAGAUAUUUCUAGUCUUGACAAUAUUAUAGAAAUAUUUUACCAAAAUUUGAAUCUCAUUCUAAAGAAAAAGAAAACAAAGAUAUUGUAAUUUGAAGUUAUUGAUUAAUCUCGAUAUAAUCAGACAGAAAGCACAAUAUUUAUUCACCGAGAAGUAGAAGGGGAAAAAUGGUUUUAGUGGAAUAUUUAAAUGUUACCCGAUCCAAAAAAAAAUCAUCUAAAUAACAUGAUAUUCUUAGAAUAAUUAAUAUGGAUUCUCUAUCAAAUAUUCAACUCUGAAAGUAUUUCAAAAACUGAUGAAUAACCCACUUCAUACUACUACACUCUACUACAAAAGCUUUGUAGCUCUUCUAUCCGAGAAAAAUGGACUUAGGCAGAAAUCUACAUAAUCUCUACUUGACAUGAUAUCUUUCUACUUCCUACUUCAGUUUGUUAUCCUACUUCAAUCUUCAUUUUUUUUUCAGUAGAUUUUUUACAAUAUUAAAAGAUUGACCUUUGAAGAAUGACUUUGGUUAGCUGUGAUUCUUGAUCAAGAUUGGUUAAAAUAUAACAUUUUUUUUAAUUUUAAUAAAUCUCAAUUUGAGCUAAAAAUUCCUGGAAAUUUGUAUAAUGUAUUCAAGAUAUUUAAAAGUACUCAAAGUACCAUCGUAUUCAUUGGAAGUCUGCCCUAGAAAAAACAAGCCACACCCCCUAAAA